UUCACCAUCAGAAAAGAUGGAAGGAGAGAACUCUUUAGGAGAAAAAAAUUCAAAUUUUCAAUCUGUUGGGAAGAAUGUUAUUUCUGAGUUGCAAGAAGGGAACUCUGAGACUAAGGCACAUUCACCAUCAGAAAAGAUGGAAGGAGAGGUCAGUGUUCAUAGAGAAGAAGAAGUUCAAUUGCCAAAAGAGAAUAAACCAUUGAACACGAGUGAAAAGAUUUCUGGGCAGGCACUCGGUACAGAUGAGUUAAAUGGAAGAAGGGUUGUUGGAGAGGAUGAGGAUUCUGGAAAUCCCAGGGAAACAAACAAGAGCCUCGAAGGCAAUCUUUAUGAGAAGGAUAAGAUAGUAGAGCCUGUCCCUAAUGGAGCAGAGGCUCCCAAACCAGAAGUCAAUAGGAGUUCAUCAAUUCAUUCCCCUGGUCAAGACUUGGGGCAACAGGGAUCUUUGCCUGAAAAGGCAGGAUCUGUAAAGCAUUUUUUAAAGCUGAAGAGUGCAAUUGCAGUUGCUAGUGUUUUUCGUCGCCUUUCUGGGAAAAGCAAUGAUGGACAAGAUGCUCUGGGUGCAGAUGAGAAUAGUAGGAAUUGCAGCAGUUCUAAGGAGGUUAGACCUACUUCCAUUGAAACUGAGCAUCAAGAUGUCUCUCAGAAAAAUAGAGAUCAAUCUGGAUGGAGUGCCCUUAGAUUAAUUGGGAUAUUUAAUGAUGAUGACAAUGCUGAUGACAAAGUUGGAGAGAAAGAAAAGGCCAUAGAAGAAGCACUCCAACCAGUAGCGAUGAAAGGACAGAUUUUGUUGUACACAAGGUUUGAUUGCAACGACUGUAAGCAGUUAAGAAAGUUUCUAUACAAUAAAAGACUUCGAUAUAUUGAAAUCAAUAUUGAUGUGUACCCAAGUAGAAAGCUGGAACUGGAGAAGAUUGCUGGCUCCUCUGAUGUUCCUAGAGUGUUCUUUAAUGAAGUGCUUAUAGGUGGAUUGAGUGAAAUAAGAAGCUUAGAUGUGUCUGGGAAUCUUGCUGAGAAGAUUGAAUAUGUUGUUAGUGAGACACCAUCCUCUAAAGCACCUUUACCCCCUCUUUCAGGUGAAGAUGACUUGUCCAGUAGUGGUUCUAUUGAUGAGCUAGCACUUAUUGUUAGAAAAAUGAAAGACUCUAUUCCUGUAAGUGACCGCUUUUACAAAAUGCGGAGAUUCACCAAGUGUUUUCUGGGAUCAGAAGCAGUAGAUUUCCUGUCAGAAGAUCAAUACUUGGAAAGGGAAGAGGCUAUUGAAUUUGGUCGGAAACUGGCAAGCAACCUUUUCUUCCACCAUGUACUUGAUGAGAAUUUAUUUGAAGAUGGCAACCACCUGUACUGUUUCCUUGAUGAUGAUCCUUUGGUAUCUCAAUGCCAGAACAUUCCUAGGGGCAUAAUUGAAGUGAAGCCAAAACCCAUAGUAGAAAUUUCAUCCAGACUUAGAUUCUUAUCUUAUGCAAUUUUUGAAGCUUACACGUCAGAAGAUAGGAGGCAUGUUGACUAUAGAACCAUCCAUGGGAGUGAGGAAUUUGCAAGGUACUUGAGGAUCGUAGAGGAGCUUCAGAGAGUAGAUUUGUCUAAUAUGUCAAGAGAGGAAAAGCUUGCAUUCUUUAUUAAUCUCUACAAUAUGAUGACCAUUCAUGCAAUACUAGUAAUGGGGCAUCCCUCUGGAGCACUGCAGAGAAGGAGAUUGAGUGUGGAUUUCAAAUAUGUAAUUGGUGGGUGUACAUAUUCACUUUCAGAAAUUCACAAUGGUGUCUUGAGGGGCAACCAGAGGCCGCCUUACAAUCUAGUUAAGCCAUUUGGGGCUAAAGAUACGCGUUCUAUGAUUGCUCUUCCUUAUCCUGAGCCUCUAAUUCAUUUUGCUCUUGUUGGGGGUACACGAUCUGGGCCUGCUCUCCAAUGCUAUUCACCAGGAAAUAUAGACAAAGAAUUGAUGGAUGCUGCCCAUAAUUUCCUAAGAAGUGGAUUAAUUGUUGAUGUGCUUGCAAAGGUUGCAUAUGUUAGCAAGAUUUUGAAAUGGUACAGUGUAGAUUUUGGGAAGAAUGAACUUGAGGUCCUGAAACAUGCUGCAAACUACUUGGAACCUGCAGAAUCCCAAUCUUUGUUAGAGUUGCUUUCCACCACCCAGUUGAAUGUCAUAUAUCAGCCCUUUGAUUGGGGAUUGAACCACUAGCCCUUAUUGCCUUGGAACUUCAUUUGCCAUUUUGGUACUCCAAAUGAAAACCUAUAUUGUACUUAUGGAGUGGUUUAUUUACAUAGUCCUUGUGGAAAGAACUUUGAUAUCCUCAUCACUAAUAUGAAUUUAGAUCUUGCAUUUUCCAAAUGUGAAUGUACAUCCUACGCAAAUCAAAUGUAAAAAGCUUUCGAAUGAUUAAAGUAUCUCAAUAUCUCAUAACUA